UUUAUUUAGCCAAAUGUAUGACAAAUUAAGUGAAAAUUCAGUGGCAAAAGGAGUGUUUUUGGAGUGCCUUGAGCCUUACAUUCUAAGUGAUAAAUUGAUGGGGAUUACACCUCAGGUCAUGAAAGACUUGAUUGUUCAUUUUCAAGAUAAAAAACUCAUGGAGAAUGUGGAAGCCCUUAUUGUCCACAUGGACAUCACCAGCCUGGAUAUUCAGCAGGUGGUUCUCAUGUGCUGGGAAAACCGUCUGUAUGAUGCCAUGAUCUACGUCUACAACAGAGGCAUGAAUGAGUUUAUCAGCCCAAUGGAGAAACUUUUCAAAGUCAUUGCUCCUCCUCUGAAUGCAGGAAAAACUCUUACAGAUGAGCAGGUCGUUAUGGGCAACAAGCUCCUGGUAUACAUCAGCUGUUGCCUGGCAGGUCGUGCCUACCCCCUUGGUGACAUCCCUGAAGAUCUUGUGCCCUUGGUUAAGAACCAGGUUUUUGAGUUUCUGAUCCGUCUGCAUUCUGUAGAAGCGUCCUCCGAGGAAGAAGUCUAUCCUUACGUUCGGACUCUGCUACAUUUUGACACACGAGAAUUUUUGAAUGUGUUGGCACUGACCUUCGAAGAUUUUAAAAAUGACAAGCAAGCUGUGGAAUACCAACAGCGCAUUGUGGAUAUUUUAUUGAAAGUUAUGGUGGAGAAUUCAGAUUUUACCCCGUCACAAGUGGGUUGUCUCUUUACAUUCCUUGCUCGGCAGCUCGCAAAGCCUGACAAUACCUUGUUUGUGAAUAGAACCCUCUUCGAUCAAGUCCUUGAGUUCCUCUGUAGCCCGGAUGAUGACUCCCGACACUCUGAAAGACAGCAGGUCCUCUUAGAACUGCUGCAGGCUGGAGGCAUCGUUCAGUUUGAGGAGAGCCGGCUCAUCCGCAUGGCAGAGAAGGCUGAAUUCUAUCAAAUUUGUGAAUUUAUGUAUGAGCGGGGACACCAAUAUGACAAAAUCAUUGAUUGCUACCUGCACGACCCCUUAAGAGAGGAAGAAGUCUUCAAUUAUAUCCACAACAUCUUAUCCAUUCCUGGCCAUAGUGCUGAGGAGAAGCAGUCUGUGUGGCAGAAAGCAAUGGAUCAUAUGGAG